ACGUACCAAAACAAAAACCCUUUUGUUUAUAUUCCCCAAAUCCUCCUCUCCUUUUCUCAUCUUCUCACUUCAAACUCUCUCUAUCUCUCUCUCACCUCAUCUUAAGAUUUCUCUGAAAGCUGACUACAAAGCCUUUUCUAAAAACAAACAAGACGAUCCUUCUCUAAUUGAUAUUUUAUUUAUAUAUAAAAUUUUAAAAAUGGGAAGACAUUCAUGCUGUUACAAACAGAAGCUGAGGAAAGGACUUUGGUCUCCUGAAGAAGACGAGAAGCUUCUUAGGUACAUCACUAAGUACGGCCAUGGCUGCUGGAGCUCUGUCCCUAAACAAGCUGGUUUGCAGAGAUGUGGAAAGAGCUGUAGAUUAAGAUGGAUAAACUAUCUAAGACCAGAUUUGAAGCGAGGAGCAUUUUCACAGGAUGAAGAAAACCUUAUUAUUGAACUUCAUGCCGUUCUUGGCAACAGGUGGUCUCAGAUUGCUGCACAGCUUCCUGGUAGAACCGACAAUGAAAUCAAGAAUCUAUGGAACUCUUCCUUAAAGAAGAAACUGAGGCUGAGAGGAAUUGAUCCGGUUACACACAAGCUCUUAACCGAAAUUGAAACCGGUACAGAUGACAAUACCACACCGGUUGAGAAGUGUCAAACGACCUACCUCAUUGAGACAGAAGGCUCCUCUAGUACCACCACUGGCAGUACUAACCACAACAACAGCAACACCGAUCAUCUUUAUACCGGAAAUUUUGGUUUCCAACGGUUAAGUCUUGAGACUGGUUCAAGAAUACAAACCGGCAUCUGGAUUCCCCAAACCGGGAGAAAUCAUCAUGUUGAUACCGUACCUAGUGCAGUGGUGCUACCCGGUUCAAUGUUCUCAUCUGGCUUAACCGAUUCAACAACCGGUUACAGAUCAUCCAAUCUCGGUUUAAUUGAAUUGGAUAACUCAUUCUCGACCGGGCCAAUGGUUACAGAGCAGCAACUUCAAGAGAGUAACUACAACAAUUCGACAUUCUUUGGAACUGGGAAUCUGAAUUGGGGAUUAACCAUGGAAGAAAAUCAAUUUACAAUAUCGAAUAAUUCGUUACAGAAUCACUCAAACUCGUCGUUGUAUAGUGAAAUCAAGUCCGAGACCAAUUUUUUCGGUACGGAGGCUGCAAAUGUUGGUAUGUGGCCAUGUAACCAGCUCCAGCCUCAGCAACAUGCAUAUGGCCAUAUUUAAAAUCUUCUUGUAUAUUAUAAGGUGUGUGGAUCUUCUUUUUCUUCUUCAAGUUAUUUUUCUUUAUUCCAAAUAUCGAGUUUUAUUUAUAAUGGUUUGUAUAUAUAAAGUUUGUGUUAUAUUCAUUUAAUCUAAGGGUGUUGUUCUUACAUUUUCUUUUAUUUGAUGUACUUUGUGAAGCAUAGUUUUCUGGACUUUGAGAUUUUGUUUGUCUAUUCUUGCUGGAUCAAUGACAUUUAUUUCUUAA